AUGUUGCAACUGUGCAACUGUGUGUGGGAAACACACGAGGAGCAUGAUACUUCUACUGAAAAUGCAGAUGAUUCUAACCAUGAUCCUCAGUUUGAGCCCAUAGUUUCCCUUCCUGAGCAAGAAAUAAAAACUCUGGAAGAGGAUGAGGAAGAACUCUUUAAGAUGCGAGCAAAGCUGUUCCGAUUUGCAUCUGAGAAUGACCUUCCAGAAUGGAAAGAACGAGGAACUGGUGACGUAAAACUCCUGAAACACAAGGAGAAGGGAACAAUUCGCCUCCUCAUGAGGAGGGAUAAAACCCUAAAAAUCUGUGCAAACCAUUAUAUCACACCCUUAAUGGAGCUGAAGCCUAACGCUGGGAGUGACAGGGCAUGGGUCUGGAACACACAUGCUGACUUUGCAGAUGAAAGCCCCAAGCCUGAACUUCUGGCAAUCCGGUUUUUAAAUGCAGAGAAUGCACAGAAAUUCAAGGCAAAAUUUGAAGAAUGCAGGAAUGAAGUAGACAAGAGAGCAAAGAAAGGCACAGACAAAAAUGAUAGUGCUGAUAAAGUUGCUGAAAAACUAGAAGAGCUUUCUGUAAAGGAAGAGAGCAAAGAAACUGAGAAGAAAGAGACCAAGGAAAAAACUGAAGAAAAGCAAUAAAUCAUCCUGGCCUUGCAGUUUUUCCUUUACUUUUUUCUUUCUUUUGUUUUCUUUUUUUUUUUUUUUUAAUUUUUACAAGGGACUUUAUAAGGAACUGAAGUCAAUGUUCAGGUUGUUUUUUCUAAGCUUUUGCCCUUUUGAAGAUGUCUUCAGAAAAGUCCAUUCCCCAGUCAUGAAAAUGUACUGUGCUAACUUUCUUUUCCAUAGUGGAAACACUUAUUUAUAGUCAUCCAAAAGAGUGAAUAAAACAAACUUGAAA